AUGUCUGAUCCUUCUAACAAUUCGUUAAAGGAACCUAUAAUUUCGAUGACAAGUAAACAUAAACCCAAUUCUCGUAGAAAUAAUUCUUCAAUGAAUCGUGCUAUUCGUAACAAAUUUACCAAUAAAGGUUCGAUUCGAAGUGACCCCUAUUUGAUUCAAUAUUCAACGAGAUCUCAAGCUCGUCAACAAGGUUUGAUGACAGAAACAUCAAGUACUUCAACAAUCGUGGAUUCUAACGCGACAACCGAGAGUACUGGCACGACUACAGAGCCUGCAGCACAACCGCACGCUCUCACGACAGGACGUAAGAGACAUUGUGCCAAAUGUAAAGAAUCAGCAAAUAUUGUAAAGAUGAUUGAUUCUAAAAUGAGUAGAAUUGAAGAAUUGAUUGAAAACCUCAAGAAAGUUACUGGACAAUUGAGUAAUGAAUUCAAGAACAACAGUCUUACUCAAACCAUAUCAUUUGGAAAACCCGGAGUCAUGGAUUUAUCAAAAAUGAGCAUUGACGAGAUACAAAAAUUUGUAAUGUUUAUAACAAAUAAGAUCGUUACAACUUCUAACCAUUCACAAAUUCCACCGAGACAUCGAUUAAAAUGA